UCUCGCACAGUCAACAUGAACGAGCAGCUCGCGUUGAUCGAGGAGGCCUUCCGCCGCGCCCGCAGCCAGCCCCUGUCGGGCGUGCCCAUCGACAUUGCCGUUGCGCGCCAGUACGGCGACUCAACCGUCACGCUGCGCACGCAGCUUCCGGCUCGCGGCGGCAAUAGCUCGGUGCAGCCUCGGGCCGCGGGCCCAUCGGGCGAGGCGUUCACGCUCGGCGACCUCAGCGCCGUCGCCAAGGGUAAGAGCGACGAGGGGGUGGAUCGGAAAGUCUCCACAGCCUCCUUCUUCGACCCGCCGAGCGGUGGCGAUGGCGUCGCCCGCGGCGAGACGUCGCUGUCCUGGGCAGAUGGCGAGAGCUCGAUGCAGGUGGGCACGCUGCUGGCAGAGAUUGAGCGGCUGAAGCGCAAGGCGCUCUCUCGCGGCGUCAAUCUCACUUCGCCACAGGAGGACGUGCCGGCGGAGGACGUGGCAAUGCUGCGGCAGGUCUUUAUCAUGGCGGACUCAACCAGCCGCGGCUCGAUCGAGCUCGAGGAGCUCAAGAACCUCCAUCACGUGCUCGGCGAGCCGCUGACCGAGUCGGAGGCAGCCUCCGCCUUCAAGGCGAUGGACUCGACCAAGUCGGGGACCGUCAACUUUGAGGACUUCCUCGCCUGGUACACGCUUGCGCACUCGUCGUCUGGCAUGCUCUCCAAAAAGGGACAGGCGUACACCAACCGCUUCAAGAAGAUGAUGGGGCGGAUCGGCGGCCAGUUCAAGCUCGAAAACAUCACCGUCUCGGAGACCGGCCAGUCGCGCUCGCUAGAGUACCGCGUGAACUUCUUCUACAACGACCACGGACACCUCAAGCAGAUCUCGCCGUGGCACGACAUUCCACUGUACGCCAACGACGGCGCCAUCCAUUUCAUCACCGAGAUCCCCAAGUUUUCGCGCGCAAAGUUCGAGAUUGCCACGGGCGAAGUGCUCAACCCGAUCAAGCAGGACGUCAAGAACGGCAAGCUGCGAGACUACAACUUCGGUGACAUGCUCUUCAACUACGGCGCGUUCCCUCAGACGUGGGAGGACCCGCAGCACACGACGCCCGACACGGGCCACAUUGGUGACAACGACCCGAUUGAUGCCGUCGAGAUCGGGACCAAGAUUCUGAAGACGGGCUCCGUCACCAAGGUGGUCAAGAUCCUCGGCUGCCUUGCGAUGAUUGACGACGGCGAGACGGACUGGAAGUGCAUCGUGAUCAAUGUGGACGACAUCCUCGCGCCGCGGCUCAAUGACAUCGACGACGUCGAGGCGGAGCUGCCCGGCUUUGUGUCGACGUUGCGCGAGUGGCUGCGCAUGUACAAGACGGUCGACGGCAAGCCGCAAAACGAGUUUGGCCUCGACGAGAAGGCGGUGGGCCGCGAGUACACGCUCAAGGUGAUUGCUGAGACGCACGAAUUUUGGAAGCGGCUGACCGCCUCUGGCGCAAAGACGGUCUAGCCAGACCCUCGACAGUCCCCCCCCCCCCCUUGACCGGGCACUCGGACACGACCCCUCUCUCGCGGCCACCUGUUUUCGGCGGGCGGACGCGGGACGCGCGCAUUGCGAUUGGCGCUGCGGCCGACGCAGAUACGACUCUGUGUGAGCCGACGGUCUUCGCGGCGCCCAAGAGAGACGGGUCACGGUAGCCGUUGCCGUCGUGCCGGUACUGCGAGGCGCGGGAGAUAUCGAGUACGGUAGAUCGAGAGGUCUUUGCUGCGGCAGCGAGCCGGGAGCGUAGAUUCUUCUUUGAUAUUAAUUGUUGAGAUACGACGACU